UUCUCCGGACGAGCCAAUAUAAUCUCUUUCAUUAUCAAAGGGAAUUCCCGCCAUUAGAUAAUGCUAUCAAUCGGAAUGGUCCGUGUUUGAGAAUCCUCAACGACACUGUUGCUCGGUAUUCUUACAGAUCAUCUCAUCAAUGUCAUGUUGCGCAUCUUAACACAAUCAUGGCUGCCCACGAUGCAUUCUACGCGCUUCCUGAUUCUCUUCUUUCUUUCAUAUUAUCAAAAAUCCCAAUAAAAGAUGCUGUCAAAUUUUCCAUUCUUUCAAAGAGAUGGAGAUUUCUCUACACUCAGAUGCCUGAACUCACUUUCUCUCCGGAUCUUGUUUUGGGGCCCGAUUGCCCUUCUCUCAAUCCUCUCCUUGUGUCAAGUGCUGAGAAUAUAAUUUCCAACAUCUUGCUUCUGCAUUCACAAAAUCUGGAGGCCUUUCACCUCCAUAACACCGGGUUCGAUCACAGCCAACCGCGCUUCUCUCAUGAGAAUGUGUGCAAAUGGGUAAGAUAUGCAUCUUCGUGUAAUGUUCAACACCUCACUCUGUCUGACCACUAUGUGCCGGCUCUUUUCGAUGAGAGCCACAGUGCUUUAAAAGAAACCCCACCCCCCGCUCUCUUUUCAUGUUUGCGUCUCGUAACACUAUAUCUACGCCACUACAUCCUCACCAGUAUCCCCAUUGAUUUUGUUGGAUUCCCCCACCUGAUUAGUUGUCGCCUCGAGGAUGUUCAAUUGACAGACGAGUCUUUAAUCUCCUUAAUUUCGCUCUGCCCCCUUCUGCAAAAAAUUGAAAGAAGAAGAAAUGAUUGGCUAGGUAAUAUAGAAAUCUUUUCACCCACCAUUGAACAUUUAUCUUUGCAUCGCAUAAAAUCUCUAUCUAUUAAAUGCCCCAAACUCAAAAUUCUAUGCGGGUCCAUGUUUGAGGAUUUGAGUGUAAAUGGUGUAAGAUUCUAUGAGCUUUCUUCUGCGGUCUUUUAUGUUGAAAUGGACUGUGGAAGUACUCUGAGGCAAUUUUUCAUGGAAUUCUCAAGAGGACACAGUCCAGGAACAAGAAGUAGAUUUCUUGACAUAGUAGGCAACAUCCAGCGCUUGAAGGGACUUGUCAUAUACCUGGGUGAUCCCUUUGAAAGGGAAGCAGAGAUGGAUGUUCCUCUACUGAACCUGUUUCACAUGCUUCCAAAUCUUCAGUUGCUGCAUAUGAUGGGAACCUUUGUACAGGAGUUAGCAAGAGAACCAGUACCUGUUUGCCUCACCUCUCCACAUCUUAACCUUAAGAAAAUACGGGUACAAGUGCUUGAGUUUGACGACAAGGAAAUUGCCAUAAUAAGUUGCUUGCUUCAGAGCACGCCCUUUCUUGAAAGAAUAGAAAUUCAGCUACCUGAAGAAUAUGAGGAAGGUCAGUGUAUGUACUUCUUGAAAGAUAUUUUGUACCUGAGGAGAGCAUCCUUACUAGUAAGGAUAAUUAUAAUGCAUGAUAUGUACGAAAUUUAGGCUGAAAAAUUAUGACCUUUGAACUUCAUAGUGUGUCCUCUAUGAUAACUAGUUUAUGGUAUUUGAUUCCAUGCUCUUUUUUUCUUUUAUUUCAAAAAGUUGUUUACGUUGUUGAAGCUCCAUUUACGUUUUCUGGCGAUAUAGUGUGGUGAUUUCUUUUUUAAGCACACAGAAUGAUCAUGGAGAUAUUCAAUAUGUGGAAAGAAUGACCCCUUUGUGGAAUGAAAAAGAAGGAUAGAUGCUAAUAUCUUAUGACUUCAUUGGAACCGUUAAAA